AGCUCAAAAAGGAUCUUGUGUGACACCUCGAGGAUUUCUGAUUGUCUGAACUGUUGCAGAAAGGGCAUCGUCAUUAAAUAUUAAGAGAGAGGAGAUCCUAACAUUGCAACCCUCCUUAUCAAUGCAAAUACCUCUUUUGUGUGCAGUCACAGCGCCUGUCUGGGAGCUGAGAUGAAUUUUUAAUUAUGUGUGACUGAAACAAACUGUGACAAGGACCUUUAUAAGAGCCGGGGAUUACAGAAAAUAAGCUGCAUUUACGCGGAUGCCAGGAAGACAGUGAGCGUGGUGGUGCAGCGAGCCAUGAACUCCCAGGAUCUCCCUGCCAAAGAUGCCCCACUCACUGUCAAUGAGCAGGUGAUUGUGAUGUCUGGCCAUGAGACUAUUCGUGUGCUAGAGGUAGAGGUCGAUGCAUCUCUGCCAUCAUCAGUACCUGAUGGGAAGAGUGAAGGCAAAGCUGAGGAGGGAGCGGCUCAGGCCACAGAGCAACCUGACGAUGGCCAUGCCGUAUCCCAGAACAACGGGGGAGUAGUGCCGGGUGAGCAGCAGGUGGUGUCUGUAGAGGCUCCGGCUCCUGCUAUCCAAACGCUGACUCCUGCUGUUCCCAUCAGUGUGUCCUUGCCGCAGCCCCAGGCCACCAUGCCCAUCACAGUACAAGGCUGUCCACAGGUGCUGACCCAGGAAAGUUUGGCCACUCUGAUGACUGGUAUGAUGGCCCAGACAGGGUCACUGGGCCAGCCUCUGCUCAUCCCCAUCAGUAUGGCGGGCUCCAUCGGUGGCCAGGGCGGUCUGGCUGUUCUCACCCUCCCUACCAACAGCGUCGCCACGCUCCCUGGGCUCACAGCAGCUAACACGGCUGGAAACCUCCUCAAGCUGCCUUUCGCUGGCCUCCAAGCUGCAACAGUCCUGAACUCAGUCCAGCCCCAGCUGCAGACAAAUGCACAAGUGUUCCAGCCUCAAGCAGCUUCCUUACAGCAAGUGCAGGCUGCUAUGCAGCAGGUGACGUCUCAGCCAACACAGGUGACCAAUACUCAAGUAACUGCUGCUCAGGUGGCGGCAGCGCAGGCUACACCGAUCACCACCCCCGUCUCUCAGUCCAACAUAUCUAUAGCAGCACUUCAGACUGCAGGACUCUCCAUCAAUCCUGCCAUUAUCAAUGCGGCUUCCCUGGGAGCGCAGCCCCAGUUCCUCAGUUCCCUCACCUCUACUCCCAUCAUCACAAGUGCCAUGUCCAACAUGGCUGGCAUCACCAGUCAGAUUAUCACAAAUGCCCAGGGGCAGGUCAUAGGAACCCUCCCGCUCUUGUUGAAUCCAGCUUCUCUGGCUGGAGGGGCUGCAACUCCCACCCUCCAGGGUCUCCAGGGUCUCCAGGGUCUUCAGGGUCUUCAGGGUCUCCAGGGUCUCCAGGGUCUCCAGGUUCAGACUGUUGCCCCACAGUUACUUUUCAACACCCAAGGCCAGAUAAUUGCCACUGUAGGCAACGGACCCGCCACAGUCACAACUUCUGCUUCAGUUCUGACCAAAGCUGCUGCUACGCCAACACUUUCCAAACCAAGCACGCAGGAUUUAUUCCUUCCCUUUCAGGCUUCAGUAACGGCUGCCACUCAGUCACCAGUUGUCAUCGCCCCACAGCCCUCUGUACUGAAGACAGCCACAACGCUCUCCUCUACAGUACCAAUAACCUGUGGAGACAUGGCAAAAGUGGGCCAGCUUGUCAACAAACCCCAGCAGGUAGUCAGCAGCGAGGAAGGCAUUAAUCUGGAGGAGAUUCGAGAGUUUGCCAAGAACUUCAAGAUCCGUCGGCUGUCCUUGGGCCUUACGCAGACACAAGUAGGGCAGGCCCUGACUGCAACUGAGGGUCCGGCCUACAGCCAGUCUGCCAUUUGCAGGUUUGAAAAGCUGGAUAUCACCCCAAAAAGCGCUCAGAAGUUGAAGCCAGUGUUGGAGAAGUGGCUUGCUGAAGCUGAGCAUUGGAACCAGAAAGGCCAACAGAACCUGAUGGAGUUUGUUGGCGGUGAACCGUCAAAAAAACGCAAGCGGCGCACCAGUUUCACACCACAGGCAAUAGAAGUCCUUAACUCCUACUUUGAGAAGAACGCUCUGCCAACAGGUCAAGAGAUUACAGAAAUUGCAAGGGAGUUAAACUAUGACCGAGAGGUUGUGCGAGUAUGGUUCUGCAACCGGCGACAGACGCUGAAAAACACAAGCAAGAUCAAUGUCUUCCAGGUCCAGUAGCGACCUAGUUCUGAGAGACUCUGCCACAAAUCUUUUGUCCUGUAGGGAAGUUGAACUUUGAAGUCUGUCUGUAAUACGACUCAAACUCUUAUGAGAUUGAAAGAAAAUCAGAAAAUGAAGGAAAUAACACAUAUUUCAAGCCUUAUGGAAGAGUACUGAAAUAAGUUAUUGUGUUUUUAAGGCUGUAUAUGUGUUCACUACUUGUGUGUGGUGGGUACUAAGUCAAACUGCAUGGUCCUCUUAUCAUAAACAGUGAUAAUACAUUGAUAAUAACAUACACAUUUGUUGAACUUUUAUACAAGUGGUUUUCUAGGCUAGCCCUCUGGUUUACAUUAAGUCAUGUUCAUUUUAGUUACAUAAAUGUUACUUUGACACAAUGACUGACAUCACCCUGAUAUUUGAAUAAUGUGCUUUUGCCAGCAUGGAUGUUUUGAAAAUUUGCUGCUCAUUUAUUUUAUAUUCACAUGACAUUUGUACUGCAGGAGCAACGCUCCUAAAAUAAACAUAGAAUAUAUUAAAUUAAGCAGAAAUUCUGUAGGCAACAUGUAGGCAGUAACCUCUAAGCUAGCUAUAUUUUAAUUAGAAUUAGUUGUCUAAGGAACACCAAAAACGUAACUCUCCAUGGACUCUUGACUCUGCAAUAAGUGUUUUGGGACAAUCAUCAUUUUGAUAUUUCUUAUUGAUAAUCACAAAGAUGAAGUUAAACGUUUUAGUCAUCUCA